CACCCAAAACUCGCAAUAGGGUUUCCCACUUUCCCUAACCCCUUUUCCCUUCCCAACGGCUCUUGAUUCUGGAAACCCUCCGUGGUGGUGAUCGUUCGGAUCGAUUUGUUUGUACAAAGAGAUUUUUCUUCUCCUGGCAUUCAAAGUACAGAAUUGCUAAAGUAAUUGCUUCCAUAGUUGCAAAUCUUUUAGUUUCUGGAAGCAACAGAUUUCAGGCCAUGGACUGAGGAUGUGGCUUUCGACACAGUAGAAGUGAAACAGAGAGUCCUGAUUCUCAUGGCGUUAUCGGAUUGAGGUGCCUCAACCAAACGAGAAUUGUGAACAACUCAAGCUAACAGAGAUAUCUGCACGGUUUGCGGUCCACUUUUUUCAUUGAAUUGUUAAAUUGGAAGAACAAAUUAUUCCUGAAUGCAAUUCUUUUGACUUUGCACAGAAGGGCAUCAAGUAGUUGUUACUAUUACAUAGACGGCUCCUGCUGAUAUCUACAAGAUAUUUGUUUCUCCUGAAAAUUUGCCGAGUGAAUAGCACUAGGGUUUAACGAGUAGCCAUUGAUUGGUAAAAACAGGUUUUAAGCAUCACCCCACACACUCAAUCGAGCUUUAUCUGCAAGGCUUCAAUGGCAUUUCGAGCUUGUUCGAGAUCGAAAAUACCAUUUUUGGCUUCGUUGCUCAUUCGGGAACUGAUAAUACCCAUUGAAGUAACAUAUAACCCCUUGAAAACGUCUGUUCCAACUCUAGGUGUCAUUUCGAGCAAAUCCGUAUUGGAUUUCAGGAGUUACCAUGAUGGUAGACCAAGAGGGCCACUUUGGAGAGGCAAGAAACUGAUAGGCAAAGAAGCUCUUUUCGUAGUUCUGGGUCUGAAAAGAUUCAAAGACGAUGAAGAGAAACUGGAUAAGUUCAUUAAGUCACAUGUGUUGAGGCUCUUGAAGAUGGAUAUGGUGACUGUAUUGAUCGAGCUCCAACGGCAAGAGGAGGUGACUUUGGCCCUCAAGGUGUUUAGAAUAAUUCAAAAGCAGGACUGGUACAAGCCUGAUGUCUAUCUAUAUAAGGACUUAAUUAUUGCAUUAGCAAAAUGCAAAAAGAUGGAUGAUGCAAUGCAAAUAUGGGAAAGCAUGAGAAAGGAGGAUUUAUUCCCUGAUUCUCAAACGUAUGCUGAAGUUAUCAGAGGUUUCUUGAGGUAUGGUUCACCUGCGGAUGCCAUGAAUAUUUAUGAGGAUAUGAAGAAGUCUCCUGACCCACCAGAGGAGUUGCCCUUCAGGAUUUUGCUGAAGGGCCUCUUGCCGCAUCCACUAUUGAGAAACAGAGUCAAGCAAGACUUUGAGGAGAUGUUUCCUGAUCGGCAUGUCUAUGACCCUCCUGAGGAGAUAUUUGGAAUUCGUUGAGGUCUCAGGUCCUUGAAGAAAUAACUCCGGCCUUCAACCAUAGAAGCAAGCACUAGUAGCAAGCUCAGACAUUGUUCACAACUGAGGAAAAUUUGAAGCAUUGCAUUGGAGGAAUUGUGAUUCGUCGGAUCGUUUUUGUUUUGAGCUAGGGAGCAACUCUUAUAUGUUGCAGAAGUACUCUUGGCUGCUCAUCUCAUAGUUGUGAAUUGUAGUAUUCUUGAAUAGUCAAGAAAAUGGGAAGAUCUCAGAGAGAGAGAGACUGACUGACUGACUGUAGAUGUGAUGUCUAUUUGUGCCAAAAUGCAAAAGAAAAGAAUUUUAUCCUUGCAUUUA